GUCCUUCCCCUGUACACUUGUUUUUGUAAGCUUGUACCCUUCGUAUGUAGCCACCUAGCCCGAGUCAUCCAGUGACGAAGCUGCAUUUUGUUUUGUUUUUUGGUGUGUGUUUCUUUUACAGACACACACAAGUAUACAUAUUCGAGCAAAGCUGCUGGGGGAUUUCUGUCACACCGACACACUGACCGCCGACCAUGGUGAGCAAGACAGAUGAUAUCCCGGCGUCAGUGCCUAACUGUAACCCGACUAAUCCUGCGGAUGGAGCCCAGGACGGCAAAGCAGCCAAGGCACCUCUGAAGGACCCCUGCGGCUGUGGGCACAGUGCAGAUACAGCCAUGGUAAAUGGUGAUGGGGCUCAUGAGCAUACGGAGGAGGCGGAUUCAAAGCAGGAUGGGAACGGCGAGGUGGACGGAGGGGAGGAGUCUAACGAACAGGAAGUGAUAGUGAUCCAGGACACAGGCUUCACUGUAAAGAUCCAGGCUCCAGGAACAGAGCCAUUUGACCUGCAGGUCUCCCCUCAGGAAAUGGUGCAGGAAAUCCAUCAGGUGUUGAUGGACCGCGAGGACACCUGCCACCGCACCUGCUUCUCUCUGCAGCUGGACGGAAAUGUGCUGGACAACUUUGCCGAGCUCAAGUCCAUCGAGGGUCUGCAGGAGGGGUCGGUGCUUAAAGUGGUGGAAGAGCCCUACACAGUGCGUGAAGCUCGAAUCCAUGUGCGUCACAUCAGAGACCUGCUGAAAAGUCUGGACCCCUCUGACGCUUACAAUGGAGUGGACUGCAACUCUCUCUCUUUCCUAAGCAUCUUCACUGAUGGAGACCUUGGCGAAACUGGGAAGCGGAAGAAAAAGGGCAGCGAGAUGGAGCAGAUCGACUGCACCCCUCCAGAGCACAUCCUGCCCGGCAGCAAAGAGCGCCCCCUUGUGCCCCUCCAGCCACAAAAUAAGGACUGGAAGCCCAUGCAGUGCCUGAAGGUCUUGACCAUGAGCGGCUGGAACCCUCCACCUGGAAACAGGAAGAUGCACGGUGACCUCAUGUACCUGUACAUUGUGACUGUUGAGGAGCGCCAUGUCAGCGUUACUGCCUCAACACGCGGCUUCUACCUCAACCAGUCUACUACCUACACCUUCAACCCCAAACCAGCCAAUCCCAGCUUCCUGAGCCAUUCUCUAGUGGAGCUGCUGAGCCAGAUCAGCCCUGCCUUCAAGAAAAACUUCACUGCCCUGCAAAAGAAAAGGGUCCAGAGGCACCCAUUUGAGAGGAUAGCUACGCCUUUCCAGGUGUACAGCUGGACCGCUCCGCAGGUAGAUCAUGCGAUGGAUUGCGUUCGAGCUGAGGAUGCGUACACCUCCCGCCUGGGUUAUGAGGAGCAUAUCCCCGGACAAACCAGAGAUUGGAACGAAGAGCUACAGACUACCAGAGAGCUGCCCCGUAAGAACCUGCCUGAGCGGCUGCUGAGGGAGAGAGCCAUAUUCAAGGUUCACAGUGACUUUGCUGCUGCUGCCACUCGAGGUGCCAUGGCUGUAAUUGAUGGCAAUGUAAUGGCCAUCAACCCUGGUGAAGAAACGCGGAUGCAGAUGUUCAUCUGGAACAACAUUUUUUUCAGUCUGGGCUUUGAUGUCCGGGACCACUAUCGUGAGCUGGGUGGUGACGCGGCUGCCCACGCUGCACCCACCAAUGACUUAAAUGGAGUACGAGCUUACAGUGGGGUGGAUGUGGAAGGUCUCUAUACUCUGGGAACUGUAGUGGUGGACUACAGAGGCUACCGCGUCACCGCACAGUCCAUCAUUCCAGGUAUCCUGGAACGUGAGCAGGAGCAGAGCGUCAUCUAUGGCUCCAUUGACUUUGGGAAGACUGUUGUGUCUCACAGUAAAUACCUGGAGCUGCUGGAAAAGACAAGCAGGCCACUAAAGAUCCAGCGGCACAGCGUGCUGAAUGAGAAGACUGAGACGGUGGAGCUGUGUUCCUCUGUCGAAUGUAAAGGCAUCAUUGGGAAUGAUGGCAGACACUACAUUCUUGACCUCCUUCGCACUUUCCCUCCUGACCUCAACUUCCUGCCUGUGGAUGGAGUGGAGCUGUCUCCGGAGUGUCAGCGCCAAGGCUUCCCUCGCCAGCACCGCCAUCGCCUGGCCUGUUUACGCCAAGAGCUCAUCGAAGCCUUUGUUGAGCACAGAUAUCUUCUCUUCAUGAAGAUGGCAGCGUUACAACUCAUGCAGCAUAAAGCAAACAGGGACUCUAACAAGACCGACACACUCGCUGUCACAGAAACCUCCACAGAGAGCAAAGCUGAUACAACCCAGGCAGACACAACACAGACCACGGCCACAGAUUCCUCUAAAGCAACAGACGUCACCACAGAUAGCACUAGCCAGACAGACACUGCUGCCUUACAAAUAGCAACUGACAGUGAAGAAACCUCCUCGAAGCCCACAACAAACGGGCCUGUAGACCCCACAGCCACCCAGAACGGGGAAUGCAAGGGCCCAUUGGAGGGUAAGGAGCUUGAGGAAAGUAUUCCAGGAUUAGCUCAGGCCAAAGAGCUGGCGGAGACCUUAGUUGCCGAAGAUGGAUCUGGUAUUGAUCCCAAAAGCCGUGAAGUGGUCCUGAAUGCCUGUAAAGCAGUGGGCUCCAUCAGCGACACAGCUUUCGAUAUCCGCUUCAACCCAGAUAUCUUCUCUCCAGGAGUACGUUUCCCUGAAGAAAGCUCAGAUGACAUCCAGAAGCAGAAGCAGCUACUCAAAGAUGCCGCUGCCUUCCUGGUCUCCUGUCAGAUCCCAACGCUGGUUAAAGACUGUUUGGACCACAGUGCUCUGCCCAUGGAUGGAGCCUCACUAACAGAGGCUUUACACCAGAGAGGCAUCAACGUUCGCUAUUUGGGCACAGUUCUGGAAUUUGUGGAGAAGACUCCUGCCAAAGCUCAACUGGAGCACAUCUAUAGAAUAGGAAUCACUGAGCUGAUCACCAGAUGUGCAAAACACAUAUUCAAGACAUAUCUCCAGGGUGUAGAGUUGUCUGCCCUCUCUGCUGCUGUGAGCCAUUUCCUAAACUGCUUCCUGAGCUCCUUCCCAGACGCUGUCGCCCACUUGCCUCCUGAUGAGCUGGUGUCACGCCGCAAAAGCCGCAAACGUCGCAACAGGGUCCCCGGCGGUGGUGACAACACGGCGUGGGCCAGCCUGACGCCGAGCGAACUGUGGAAGAACAUUGCCUCUGAGGCCCAGAGCUACUAUCACUUCACCUUACAGUGUGAAAGUGUUGACCAGGUUGUGGAGAAAUACGGCCUACAGAAAAUCACUCUGCUCAGAGAAAUUUCAGUCAAAACUGGCAUACAGAUCCUGAUAAAGGAGUAUAACUUUGACAGCCGCCACAAACCUGCCUUCACAGAGGAGGACAUCCUGAAUAUUUUCCCUGUGGUGAAACAUGUAAACCCCAAAGCCACAGAUGCCUUCCACUUCUUCCAAAGUGGGCAGGCCAAAGUGCAGCAAGGUUUUCUGAAGGAAGGGUGUGAGCUGAUCAACGAAGCUCUUAACCUCUUCAACAAUGUGUACGGGGCCAUGCAUGUAGAGAUCUGCUCCUGCCUGCGCCUGCUGUCGCGCCUUAAUUACAUCCUGGGAGAUCACCCUGAAGCUCUCAGCAACCAGCAAAAGGCCGUUCUGAUGAGUGAAAGGGUCCUUGGCAUCGAGCACCCCAACACAAUUCAAGAAUAUAUGCACUUGGCUCUGUAUUGCUUUGCCAACAACCAGCUCUCGACUGCUCUGAAGCUUCUAUAUCGCGCUCGUUACCUCAUGUUGUUGAUUUGCGGGGAGGAUCACCCAGAGAUGGCUCUGCUGGACAGUAACAUCGGGCUGGUGCUUCAUGGAGUCAUGGAGUAUGAUUUAUCUCUGAGAUUUCUAGAGAACGCCUUGACUAUCAACACAAAGUACCAUGGACCCCGGUCCCUCAAAGUGGCCCUCAGUCAUCAUUUGGUUGCGAGAGUUUACGAGAGCAAGGCUGAGUUCCGCUCUGCACUACAGCACGAGAAAGAGGGUUACACUAUUUACAAGAACCAGAUGGGUGAGGCCCAUGAGAAAACCAAGGAGAGCUCAGAGUAUCUGAAGUAUCUCACACAGCAGGCUGUGGCUCUGCAGAGAACCAUGAAUGAGAUCUACAAGAAUGGCUCCAAUGCCAGCAUUAUGCCCCUCAAGUUCACUGCCCCCAGCAUGGCCACCAUCCUGGAUCAGCUCAACAUCAUCAAUGGCAUCAUCUUUAUACCUCUCAGCCCAAAGGAUCUGGAGAACCUGAAGGCAGAGGUGCAGAGGCGACAGCAGCUGCAGGAACUGGGAAAAAGUGAGGAGCCCGCCGAGGACCGCCAACUGGAAUUAGAAGACAAAAUUCCCAUUGAUUAAUAUUGAGUAACGCCCAAAACAGCUACUUUCUGCUAUGGGGGAGAAAGACGGGCUGUGACGGAGGAGUCACGAAGCCUGUGGACCCGAGAGCCAAGCAAUCUAAAUCGACAUUAAUAAAUGAAAAAAUGAAAAAAAUAUAUAAGGGUGAGGGAGGGGUCAGGGUAGUCCAGAGACAAACUGAUGAACUGUAGGAGAAAGAAAUACUGAGCAGGAAUUUCCUACAAAGUAGGGAUGGAGGGAGGAGAAAGUACAAACUAUAUAGAACCACUGUAACGUGCAAUCUGAAAAUCCCUGGCCCAAGAACCUGGUGAUGAAGCCCCAGAAGGUGUUAGCUGCGUAUAAAUAUGAUUUUGAAAGAAGGGUUGCAGCAGGGGGCAGGAGACCAAGAAUGACCAUGACAUUUUAUACCAGAGCCUUAUCCACUGUACCAUAAUCCCCCAAGCCAUUCUUCUCAGCUCAAACUUUCCACAGCACUGUUUGCCCAGGACCAUAUUUUGCCCCGCCAUUGCCUAAAGAGCCUGGAAGACCCUCGGGCAUGUAGCCACCUGCUCGUGGUGCGUUCUACCCUGUCCUUGAACUCAGGGGUAUGUUCUACUGUGCACUAAGACCAGAAUAGACCAGUUACUAAAUUUGCCAUUUUUUUUUUUUCUUCAAGUGGGGCUUCUGAAUGUAAACUUCCCUUCUUAGUGGUUUAUUGAGCCACUUUGCAGCAAGCACCCAUCAUACGUGUCCCUGAUAGCUCAUUAUUUUGAACCUUCUUUCAUUUGUACUUGAGACAAGGGUGCCUGCUGUAUCCUCUGGUUCCUGUUUCUUCAGCACACUCACAGAUUAGUGAGCUCUCAACUGAUCAUUUAGUUUGAUUUCAUUUGCUUUUUAUUUUAUUAUUUUUUUUUUUUUUUUUUUUUUUUUUAGUGGAUUAUUUUUGUAAAAGUGCACAGGGGAAGUAAGGAAUUUUAUGCCUGCUCAUCAGUUAAUUUAAAGCCAUGUUUGUUUUAUAGAAAAUGUUUAGAAAUGGAAAAAGAUGUAUAAAUCUCUAUUAGACAGGAACAUGUUUAUGGGAAACAUUUGAAAAACGUCCAUCUUUAAGCAGUAGAUUUAUCUAUCUCUAUAGUUAGCUGUGGUCAAAUAUAUAUAUUUUUGCACAGUGAAAGAAUAUGUGCAUGUAUGUUUGUAUGUUUGAUGGUGUGCAUCUUUGUGUAGUCUGACAUCAAAUCUGUUGCUGCUUUCUGGUGCAUAGUUUGAAUAGAGGCUAAGCAAACAUUGGCUUUCUAAAUCUUUUAUAAUUCUGCACACGGUAAACUCGUUAAACAGCGGAGGCCUUUUUUUUUUUUUUUAAAACAUUCAUGGCCCCAAAACCACCUUUAUAUACUGAAAUUAAUUAGACAGCUUCUCAACAUCAGCAGUGGUGACAGAUUUAUUGUUGCUGGGAAUUUAUUUUAUUUUUUUGUUUUAUUGUUUCUCGUUAUGUGAUUAUUUUCUUCAUGUGUAACACAGACAAAUCCCAGCCAGGAGUGAGCCGUAAGCAGUUUUAUUAGUGCACUUUGUUGGGCUGUGUGUCCACAUAUCCACAGCAUCACCAAAAUUUGGGGGGGGGGGCACUGCUUCAGUGGGAUGUACCAAAAAAAAAAAGUGUGAUAAAGGCUUGUUUUUGCUGUUAACAACAUAAUGUAUCCCUCUCAAGGCAAGAUGUGCCUGAUUAAAGCAAUAGAGAGAUGAUGCAGUUUUUACUUGGUGCAAGACGGACUACUUGACGUACUGGAUAAAUGAUGUAUACUAAGCAAUCAAAGAUGAGCUCUUCACACCAGGAAAUGAGGUUAUUACAGUGAUUUCCAGAUUGUGCUCAACUGAGCAUGGUGUGUAUAUGCCUGUUAUCUGGACUUCUGGAUGGAAACCAGGAGGAUGACGGGUUAAAAAGAAAACUGAACAGUUUAUAAAGCUGAUGUAACCCUCGUGAUUGUUUUCUGGAGUUUUUGUAUCAUUUUAUUUUCUCCCUCGCCUGCCCUCCCAGUGUCAUUCAACAGUAAUGCAGGCAGUGUCCAUAAGGUGGCACACUAACAUUUGUCUGAUUAUGAUCAACCUGCAUGACAGGAAAUGUUGCAGUGCAAGUUCAAAUACACAAAUGCUGUAUUAGAUUUAGAAAAGUAUACUUAGAUUUAGAAGCAUACAACUCCUAUUAUUUAGGAUAACCAGAUUUACUUGAAGAGUCAAAUACAAUUCUAUUGUGUUACUGUAAAAAUUAAAACAUAUUCUGAUUAAUUUUAAAAUCAUGCCAAUAAUAGGAGUUUUUAAAUUAAGUAUGUGAUGACAACUUACAUUUUUUAGCACAUCUGUGGUUCUACCUGUUGAACGCAUUCUGAAGCUUGUACAGCAGCCAUUUAUUGUUUGGCUGCCAUGAUAGUUCAUGAAAAGCAUGAACUCACUGAGAGCGAUUAAACUGCGUAUCUACAGAGAUACUCUGUUGUCCUUUCAACACAUGCGUUUCCUUUUUAUUUGCUUUUCAGUUCAGUCUGACUCUGCUGUAGGCUCUUUCCAGAAUAUUUGAGCUCUAGAUGUUGUUUGUUGUUCGAGGUCAUCUUCAGAAGUAAGGGGAAAACAAGGUGUAAUAAUACAAAAGUAUGACUGAAGUGUGCUCCUGUAUCUGCUGUUUGCAUAUCGUUCAUAAUUUGAAUGUCAAAAAAGAAACGAACGCAAAACAGGUUAUGGAGAAUGAAUGCUUAAAGAACAAAUACUCAUUAAACUUGCUCAUGUGGGCCCUGUGCAAAGUAGCUUUUUAAAGUUUAAAAAAAGAGCUCAAACUAUCUUAUAACAAAAAGUGCUGUGAAAAGAAGAAAAAGGGCAAAUAUCUAUCCUAAAAUAUGUAUUUCACGGCUCCUGGUCAUACUGCAUUACUCUGUGUUAUGAAAAUGCUGAUUGAGGGUUUUGUGUUCUCUCACUGAUGAAAUCUCUACAAAGGGUUCUUAAGCCUAGUGUUUGAGUCUGGUUCCCCUGAUGAUGUGUGCUAUUUGUGUGUGUUGCUCUUUACAAAAUUAUUUUUUGGUCUGAGUAUGCUUUUAUAUUAAAAUGGAUGAAAUAAAACUAGUGAAAGAUC